AAACAGGAUGGAGGUGUGAUUUCUGCGUUUGACGUCUCGUCACUCGCCACAGGUCGUCGUCCUGCUUCGUCUCCACACGUCUGUGCAUCCUGUCGGAGAUGUUUCACAAUAAGAGCCCAUGUUUGUCUCCAGAUGGGAGAAGCUGUAUAACUCUCAGGGUCCAGAGCUCAGACGCUCUCUGUUCUCCCUCAAACAGCUUUUCCAGGAUGAUAAAGACCUGGUUCCAGAGUUUGUGGCUUCUGAAGGUUUGACCUGUUUCAUUAAAGUCGGAGCCGAGGCCGACCACAACUACCAGAACUACAUCCUGAGAGCUCUCAGUCAGAUCAUGCUGUUUGUUGAUGGGAUGAAUGGAGUCAUUAAUCACAAUGAGACGGUUCAGUGGCUCUACACGCUGACAGGAAGUCUGUCUCGUCUGGUGGUGAAGACGUCUCUGAAGCUCCUCAUAGUCUUUGUCGAAUACGCCGAGUCUAACAGUCCUCUGCUGAUCAACGCAGUCAACACUGUGGACGGACAGAGAGGUGUGAAGCCAUGGAGUUACCUGAUGGAAGUCCUGGAGGAGAGAAACGGCUCCGACACUGAGCUCCUCAUGUUUGCCAUGACAUUAAUCAACAAGGUAAAUAGACAGUCGGAGAAGUUAACAAACAGUCAACAAAGUAAACAAACAGUCAGAGAAGUUAACAAACAGUCAGAAGUUAACAAACAGUCAGAAGUUAACAAACAGUCUGAAAAGUUAACAAACAGUCUGAAGUUAACAAACAGUCUGAAAAGUUAACAGUCUGAAGUUAACAAACAG